AUGCCCGCCUCGAUAGAUGCUUACACCCCGGCCGAGGUGACCGAGGCCGUCGCGCGGGCCGGCACCCUCAAGGGGAAGAUGCGCCUGGACAAGGUCUUCUUCAGCGCUGUGUCUGCUGGCUGCCUGCUGGCUCUGGCCUGUGGAACAACACUGAGCACAAACAGCAGCCCCUGGUACCAGGAAAAUGCACCAGGUCUGAUGCGCACCAUCAGUGCCUUGGUCUUCCCGUACGGGUUGACCUUGAUCAUCCUCACCGGCGCUGAUCUUUGCACGGGCUCGUUUAUGUUCACCACCGUCGCCGCUCUCCAACGCCAGAUCCCUUGGUACAAGAUGCUUCUGCACUGGUUUGUCACCUUCUGGGGAAACCUAUGUGGAUCGCUGUUUGUCGUCGCUAUCAUCUUUGGCUAUGGAGAGGUCUUCAGUGCAGACCCGUACAAAUCAGCCGUUAUUAGCUUCGCAACAAAGAAACAAGUCACGCCCGAAUUCCACAGUAUCUUCUUGCGCGGUAUCGGCUGCAACUGGCUUGUUUGUUUAGCAUGUUUUCUCGCCCUGCAAGGCCGCGACAUGGCUUCGAAGAUAAUCGGAAUCUGGUUACCGAUUUAUGCUUUCGUCUCGCUUGGCUUCGACCACGUUGUCGCUAAUAUGGCGUUCAUCCCGAUGGCGAUCUGGCUUGAUGCGCCUGGCAUUUCGGUGGGGUUGUAUAUUUGGAAGGGGAUUAUUCCGACUUUACUAGGGAAUAUUGUUGGUGGGGGGCUGUUCGUGGGGACAUACUACUGGUACAUGUACCUUGUCCAAACCGACCCUGUUACCCUUGUUGGUCUGCGUAAAGGAGCUAGCGAGGGGACUAUUACGCCCAAGACUGAUGAUAUUGAGGCAUCUGCUGGCGUGGUCCAGAGUUCUUCUAAGCUUGCAUAA